AGACGUCAGCGUGUAUCGACUGCAAGGGCAGAAACGCGAAAGAUGUUUUUCGAUGGUUGUUUCGAUGGGUAAGUCUACUUGGGUUUUGGAGACACAUGAUGAUCAAUGAUGGACCUCCUGAGUAUCUUAACCUCUGCCACACUCUGUCGCCCCAAUAGUUUGAUUAUUUCGUCACAAUAUGCUCCCGAGACGGUCAUCAAGAAACUUGUUCCAUAUAUUUCGGGCUCUCGACGUAUUGUGGUCUAUAGUCAUAGCAAGGAAGUGCUGUUGGAAGCUGCGCACUAUAUGCGCAGAUCAACAGAAUUCUUGGCGGUAGAUAUCACUGAGAGCAGUCUGCGACAAUACCAGGUACUUCCGGGUCGAACACAUCCUGAAAUGACAACGAGUGCUGGUGGUGGCUAUCUGCUAUCUGCCCUCAAGAUCAUCGAUAGCCCGAUUGAUAUGUCGCAGGUGUAUAAAGAGAACAACGCACGGAGGAAGAAGCGCAAGAACGAAAAGCAAAACAAAAAGUCUGAUGGUGCUACUACUGCUCCCGAAGAGGGAAAGAGUACCGAAGAGAAAGAGAAAUCUGUUAAUCAAGAGAACCAACAAUCUGUCAACAAAGAAGAGUAGAAAAAGUGUUGCUGCUGCUGCUGCUACUGCUAUUGCUAUAAAAAGAGUAUAGCACAGCGGCAUCUGUCAUUGCCCAUCCCGAUUGUAUAUGUAACUGUACCAUAUAAAGAAGAACUCACCAAAGAAAGAGAGAAAAGCAAUCCACACACGCCCUUAUAUUGUAUUUACAUAAUAUAAACAACUUGCAUCAUCAUCAUCUUCCUUAAACCUACAU